AGGGACAGAGGCCCAGUGUUGUGUUGGGCGGCGAGCAGACGAGCCGUGGUGGCGUGGCUGCCCCGGGAAGAUGGGUGGCGGGUUGUCCCGGGGCCGGUGGCUGACGGCCGUGCGGGUGCAGCCGGGCGUCCCCUGCGCCUGGGAGCAUCAGCUGCACGCCCCAUCUCAGAGCCCGUCGCGAAGGACCGCGGCGGCGCCCGCACCCGCGGGCAGCAAGAGUCAUCUGUGGGCUCGGUACAGUGACAUGAAGCGGCUGGUGCGAGAUCUCGUGCCUCCCGGGGUCUGCAAUCUCCUGAACUCGUCAACCAUCUAUGCCAACAACGAGGUGUGUCUGGGAGACAUCGAGGUGUACGGCUUCGACUACGACUACACGCUAGCCCUCUACUCCAGCUCGCUCAACGCCAUGAUCUACGACACUGCCAUGGACAUCCUGAUCGAGCAGUACAAGUAUCCGCGGGGACUCAAGGACUACACGUACUGGCCGGACUUUGCCAUUCGCGGACUUCACUAUGACAUCAACAAGGGGAUCCUGAUGAAGAUUGAUGCCUUCCAUUACAUACAGAUGGGCUCCGUAUACAGGGGUCUGCAGCCGGUGCCUGAUGACGAGGUGCUGGCCAUGUAUCACGGCACCCACCACAUCCCCCUGCAACAGGUCAGCGGCUUCUACGGCAAGGGUCCGGUGGUCCGGCAGUAUAUGGACGUGUUCUCCAUCCCCGAGGUCACCCUGCUCGCCAUCACCAACGACUACUUCCUCAACCACGACAUCGAGUUCGACCCCCUGCACCUCUACCGGGACAUCACGGAUGCCAUCGCACAGGUUCACAUCAAAGGAUUUAUGUACAAGUGGGUCAUGGAGGACCUUGAGAAGUACAUUCUCCGCGGUGAAGAGACGUUCGCUGUGCUUCAGCACUUGGUGAAGAACGGCAAGACUCUCUUCCUCAUCACCAAUAGCCCAUUCAGCUUUGUCGACAAGGGAAUGAGCUACAUGGUGGGCCGGGACUGGAGGGAACUCUUCGAUGUCAUCAUCGUGCAGGCAGACAAGCCCCACUUUUUCAACGACAGCAUUAAACCCUUCCGUCGCCUGGAUGAGAACGGUGACCUCCAGUGGCACAAGAUCACCAAACUACAGAAGGGGAAGAUCUACAAGCAGGGGAACCUGGUGGAGUUCCUGCGGCUCACCGGCUGGCGGGGAUCGAAGGUGCUUUAUUUCGGAGACCACCUCUACAGUGACCUCGCGGACCUGAUGUUGCGGCACGGUUGGCGGACGGGGGCCAUCGUUCCUGAGCUGGAGACGGAGACGCGGAUCGUCAACACGGAGCAAUACACGCAGACGCUGACGUGGACGCAGGCUCUGACAGGGCUGCUGGAACGCAUGCAGACCCAUCGGGACCCUGAAGCCCAGGAGGUGCUGAGGACGUGGAUGGAGGAGCGGCAGGAAUUGAGGGCAUUUGCCAAGAACCUCUUCAACCCGCGUUUUGGCAGCAUUUUCCGGACGUGUCACAACCCCACCUACUUCUCCCGGCGCCUCUGUCGAUUCUCUGACCUCUACAUGUGCUCGCUCAGCUGCCUGCUCAACUACGACAUGGCAUACACCUUCUACCCCCGCCGCACGCCCUUGCAGCACGAGGCCCCCCUCUGGAUGGACCAGCUCUGCACCGGCUGCAUGAAGACCCCCUUCCUCGACGAGAUGUCGCACAUCCGCUAGCCCCCCCGGCCCCUGACCCAUGUCCGUCCCCAUUUCUCACCCUCUGCCUUUGUGUCAGAGACGUUAACCCUUGUCCUACUCCUCCCCCUUUACUGAUGACCCUGUAAACUGGGUCACGUCCUUUAACCCUUUGCUACUCCCAUUGCCCCUGUAAUCUCAGGGGAUGCCCUUUGACCUCUUUCCUAUUGUCAACUGAGGUCACGGCCUUCAACCCUUCCCAUUUACACCUGUGAACUGAGGUCGCAUUUUAACCCUUACCUAACCCGUCAACUGAGUUUAUGCCCUUUAACCCUUUCAUUGCUCCCCAUUGACCCCUUAAACCUUUCUUUUCUCCCCCAAUGACUGAACCUUUUGGGGGUGAUUUCAGAACCUUUAACCUUUGACCUGCCACUGUUAUGCCAUCUCCUUUGAACUUCUGUAACUGGAUUUACAUGUCACGUGUCCCUUUAAGAGGUUGCCCGCCCUCUGCAUACGUCCCAGCGCCGGUGGGUUGGACCGCCGUAAGUCUGAAUGCUCCUGUGCCUGGACACGAUCAGGCGGUGGGAGACGGGAGAGGGGGCGACUCCUCUUGGGCGCCAGCAUGCCUGCCCUCCCUCCAACACGUCCUUCUGACGGAGGGAGUCUGCCUGUUCGAGGUCGAGUGGUGCGAGCCCUUGGAUGGACGUCCGUUUCCCCCCCCCCUCUCAUGUCCGCUGGACCCUGUUGCUAUGGAGAUGGCUAGGCCCAGGGCAUGAAUUCACCCUCUUGCUAACCCCAGAAUUCCUUUCCAACCCCGCCUAACGUUUAUUGGUGCUCGAAGAUUUCUUCACAAUCCUGCAUUAAUUCUUAUUGUUUGUUUAUUUUGUUGGUAACGGACUCGGACGCACAACGAAACUCCCUCGGCCUCAAAAGUGGGGGGGAAAUAAUCUUGUUUCUUGUUUACCUGUGUGCAGAGUAACCAGUACGCAAGGUGCUCUGUUUUUAAAAUGAUGCCUGGAAUAAGCUGUUAAGAACAGCUUCUGCCUUGAGCGGUUUGGGGAAAUGGGGUCAAAGAUAAGGUCGUAAACACAGGACCCAUUUUGUCACUGGGACCUGCUCGAGGUAAUGGACUCCUGUCAUCCUUUAUCUGUCCCAUCACCCUGUCUCCUUUGUACACCACAUGCCUCCCCCACUCCAUCCCUCAAGAGGCUCAGUUUCCCAUCAGACUCUCUGCAGCAGGAAAGCUGUCUAACUGGGCAGCAAGUUUGACCUCGCUGUAGGGGUGUUCACCGGAGUGAGAACUCAACUCUUGUUAGGGGACAGAGCCGUGGCAGAUGUACAUUUUUAACCCCUCAGUUUAGAAAUGCUUUUUAAUAAAAGUCGAUGCACAGCACA